UUCGAAUAUUGAACGGUCAGUGAUCAAAAGUGAGGUUAACUUCCUUUUUUCCGGUGUGAAAAGCCGUAAGUACAUAUCUUCAAGAUGGUGAAGAUUAUGAAACAAGGGAAAGUCGUAUUGGUCCUUAGUGGCCGAUAUGCGGGAAGAAAAGCUAUUGUCAUACGUAAUUUUGACGACGGCACCACAGAAAAGCAAUAUGGACAUGCCAUGGUUGCGGGUAUUGACCGAUAUCCACGUAAAGUACACAAAAGAAUGGGCAAAGCGAAACUUCACAAACGUUCUAAAAUCAAACCAUUUGUGAAAAUAUUAAAUUAUAACCAUUUGAUGCCAACAAGAUACACUGUAGAUUUGCAUUUUGAGAAAGUAACUCCUAAAGAUCUUAAGGACCCUAUGAAACGCAAGAAGGUUCGAUUCCAGACACGUGUUAAAUUUGAAGAAAAGUACAAAUCUGGUAAAAACAAAUGGUUCUUCCAAAAACUACGAUUUUAAUUAAUUUUAAUAAAUGUAAAAUUAUACAAA